UCGGCAAACUUACCUCAGCUUGCGACCACGUCAUGUCGCUGAGCCCUAAACAAACCACACCGUUCUCAGUCACAGAUAUAUUGAACACUAUGGAAGAGACUUACAAGAAACCCAUGCUGGAACAUAAUAUUAACACUAACCUAUCUAUGACUGGUGCCUACAGAUCACAACAGGGCCAAGUAUCACAGUCGAUGCAGCAUUCUUCCAUGAACGUACCUCCCGUGAGCUCACCUUACCACAUGCACGUACCGCAGUUGUCACACCCGCCGACGAUUGGUAACCCUUACUGCAAUGGUUCCGUCAACGAGUUGCCUCACUACAGCGACCAUGUACGACCGACAUCAGGCAGCUGGUAUGGAGGCAACCCCGAUCCACGUUUCUCUAUUUCCCGAUUGAUGGGCCCAUCGUCGAUGAACAUGAACAUGAACAUGAAUAUGUCGGCGCUAGGAGAUCACAAAAUGUUGCCGACUGUUCAGAGGCGGAAGCGAAGAGUGCUAUUCUCUCAAGCACAAGUGUAUGAACUAGAGCGACGAUACAAACAACAAAAAUAUCUAUCUGCGCCGGAGAGGGAACAUCUGGCGAGUCUGAUCAAUCUCACGCCAACUCAAGUAAAAAUUUGGUUCCAGAAUCACCGUUAUAAAACGAAACGUCAAACGAAAGACAGGACCAUGCAGGAGCAAAACAACGUUACUCAUCAGUCGCCUCGACGCGUUGCCGUGCCCGUACUUGUGAAGGACGGUAAACCGUGCAGUGGGUCGAGUAACGGUAAUGGCAAUGGACAGCAGCAGCAAUCACAGCAGCAGCAACAACAACAACAACAACAACAACCAACGACCCAACAACAGCCGCAGAAUAUGAGCACAAACUCUACGCUUAGCACUACCGUAAACGCAUCUAAUACAGCCAAUCCCACCAAUACCAGUUCAAUACCAGGUAUCACAACACCGACACAGCAUCAUCAACAACAACAACAACAACUUCAACCACCGGCGGCACAGCAACAGCAGCAACAACAACAACAGCACCAAACCGGCCCGGACAUUACUAGUGUGGUGAACCCAUCGCAAAUGAACAAUCUGAAUAAUAUGAAUUCCUACCAUAAUGGCAUGAACAGUAAUAACAUUUCGGCUGCUUCCUUUUUGCUCCAAAAGAACCUGGUGAGAACGCCACUUCAUAUGUUGGAACAAAAAAAUGACUACUUAAAAAAAUAGACCGAUACACAGCUACAUCACAUCAUCGAGGAAUUUGAGAAGGUAUCUUCACCAUGAUGUUCUUUUAUUUAAUAUAUAAUAACUACAAAAAUGUGUGCAUUCGACGCAGGUAU